AUCCGGUCUAGUAAUGAUCCAGCCUGAGCGGUAUGAAAAAUGGCGGGGUCUACUUCGGAGUUCAUUCAUAGCAAUGUGCUAUUCCAAACACAGGACGGACGUCCACUUACAUUUUACUGCCUGCCAGGAGAGGUUAAAACCCAGAUACACCCUUUGGUCAAGCAUGGAGGUGGAAUAUUAACCAGUAGAGAUCGGGACGAAAACACUGUCAAACUGGCAGCAGAAGGACAGUCAGUAACUGGAGACAACAAUUAUUCCUACAGAUAUAUACUGGACUGUGUGGAGAAGAACACCUUACUACCUUUGGAAAACUAUAAAUUGAAGGGCAUGAGUUCUACAGUCUCCUCCUCCAAAAGAUCAGUGGCCAUGAAAGCUUCCGGAAAGGGUCGUGAGCCAUUCCUGAAGAGUGAGAAGGUAGCUAUAUUGAAGUAUGUGGCAGAGAACUCUGACCCAGGCAGACCAGUGGCUGGCAAUAAGAUAUGGAAGGAGAUGGAGCUGUAUAAGGUGACCAAACACUCCUGGCAUGCUAUGAGAGACCACUACCUGAAGCACCUGAAAGGCAAGGAGCACCUGUUCAAUAUGACAGACAGGUUGAAGUAUUCCAAGCUUCAGUUCAGGAUGGAUGAAAAUUCGACAAUGGAGGAUGAUGAUGAUGAUUUGGUGGAGCUUCAUAGUGGCGAUUCUGACAAAGAUGGCAACCUGGACAUAGACACAUUUGAUUCGUCUGCUGAGGAGCAGCAGGAUCCUGCUAACCUUACAGAAGACUCAGUUGUAACUAGUAGUUCCAAUAUUGGCCAAGAUCCCGCCCUGGUCAGCACACCUCUCACAAGAAGUCCACUAAGACCAGGACAGAAGGUCUGCCAGGUAGAAGGUGUCUGCGGCAGAGGUCUAGAGAUGACGGUUGUUGCUGGGGUCGGAGCACUGCAGUCUACCCCUGAUGUCCAGAGUAUGCUGUCAGCCUGCAGUACUACUAGUGAUGAUAUGGAUAACCAUCUGUCAGUCCUAGCAGUUGAUGUGAAAAAGGUGAAAGAAGAGGACACACCACCAGAGAAGAGAAUCAAGCUUCAUCAAAAUGAUGCCAAGGAUGGGGAAGAGCACGACAAACAUCAAGUAAAAGGUGUAGAUGGUGGGCGUAUACAAAAAGAACAGGAGGACGGUGGACAGAGGGAAGAUGGUGAGGAUAAACAGAAGGAAGAUGGUGAGGACGAACAGAUGGAAGAUGGUGAGGAUGGACAGAAGAAAGAUGGUGAAGAUGGACAGAAGAAUGAUGGUGAGGAUGAACAGAUGGAAGAUGGUAAGGAUGGACAGAUGGAAGAUAUUGAGGACAAACAGAAGGAAGAUGGUGAAGAUGGACAGAAGAAAGAUGGUGAAGAUGGACAGAAGGAAAAUGGUAAGGAUGAGCAGAAAGAGGGUGGUGAGGAUGGACAGAAGGAAGAUGGUAAGGAUGAACAGAAGAAAGAUGGUGAAGAUGAGCAAAAGGAAGAUGGUGAGGAUGGACAGAAAGUAGAUGGUGACGAUGAACAAAAGGAAAAUGGAACGAGGCAAAAUAAGCAGAAGAGGGAUGAGGAGGAUGAAGCUCACUUAUUGACUGUCCUGGAAGGAUGUGUGAAAAUCAAGGAGUUGAUGAUCGAGUUUGACAUUUCUCUGCUGAUGGCCACACGUGCACUGUACUACAACUGUGGACAUGUGGGCGCCACUAGAACAUUCCUCCGCACUGGCAGGAGACCUGAUGACAUUCCCAGGCCUGGAUGGAGUAGAGCUGAUGAGUCCCUGCACUUUGACAGUGUACAAGGAGAACCAAAAGAACUGAAUUCUGCAGAUGAACCCAGUUAGCGGGGCAGUGUGUACAAC